UAUCAACUUUUGCCGAGUGUAUGAAGAGUUAUUAAUCGAUUUGCACAAACUCCCCAUAGAAUGGUACGUCAGGAUGCCAUCAAAAGAGUAUUUGGAUGUAUUUCUCCAGAAAGGUACUAUCAAAGUCGUUGAGAACAAAUGGAAUGAUAAUGAACAUCAGUGCUAUUGUGUAAAAGAUGCUGACAAAUUUAAAAAAUGCUUUAAUGUGUUAUUUGAAAAUGAAGAUCUACCUCGCAAUUUCAUAGUUGAAACGAUCAAAAAGCUAUUGGGAUGCAUAAUCAAUCUUGAAACAAAAGAACGAUGGUACAAUAGUACUGCUUUAACUGAAUCAGAGCAGUUGAACGCAACACGACUGUUGAUCACCUCAGUGCGAAGCUCUUUGUUGUACCUAAAAGAACAGCCUGACAGCAUUAAUUUCGAACAAUUCCUGGAGGAAAGCACUAAACCGUUCACAACCGUAUGCGACGAGAGCAGUUCUUUCGAAGAUUUCGAAAAAAGAGUUCUUCUCAUCAAGGAGUCAUUUUGGUACAUACGAAACCUCAACGCCAUAAACAUCGAUACCGCUUUGAAACUCUAUAAAGAAAAUAACAAAUCCGACUACAGCGAAGAGAACCUACGUUUGUGCUACCUGCAAUACACCAAACAAUUUGAACAGUUUAUGGGAGCUAAUAGUGAACUCAGCUUACAAAAGAGAAUCCAACGUGUCGUCGAGGACACCUCGCAAAUUGUUGAACGUUCGCUUACGUCACAGUGGACAGCAGAAUUUAAACAUCAAAAACUGCCAUUGAUAUUGGCCGGUUUGGGUGCAGUUUGGGCAAUGCACGUUUCGAAGGAUGUGGCCAGUACAGGACAAUAUCUCAAGCCACACUGUAUCCAGAUUCUAUGCGUAUUUCGGCUGCUGAGUGCUGAUCGGAAUGAUCAAGGUGUCCGGAAGCACUUGGCUCAAGUGUUAACCGGGCAGGGCAAAUCGCUGGUUCUGGCUAUGGUGGCAUCCAUUUUGGUCUUUUGUGGACACUCUGUACAAGUCAUGUGCUACAGCAAUUAUCUGGCAUCGAGGGAUAAAAAAGACUUUGAAGAUUUUUAUGAUUUUUUUGGAAUUCGAGAAAAAAUUUCAUAUCAGACAUUUGAAAAAGCGGCUUCUGAAAGGGUCAAGAAAAUAGCAGGAAAUGCAAGAACGUAUCUUUCUAAAUGCAUUGGUUUGCCAGAACAAAGCUCUUACUCAGGAGUUUUGAGGCCAAAUCCCAUCAUGCUAAUUGAUGAAGUUGAUGUUUUUUUCGAUAAAAGAUUGCACGGCGAAACAUAUAAUCUUGGAUUCUUUCCUAAAAUUCCUGGAUUGGAUAAAAUUCACCUUAAGAUUUGGGAGCUUUUUAAUGAAAAUUGCUCAAAUGUACCACAGGCAAUUAAUGAUUAUAUUAAUAAUGAAAGCGACUCAGAAGUCGCUGAAUUCAACAAAAUAAUGAACAAACCAGGCCAGUAUUCGUUAUAUACAAAUGCUGGUGAUAAAAAUAAUGUUACAAACCAGUCGCUGUUUUCAUCGCACAUUGACAAAAUGAUUGCGACUGCAGAAAAAGUUUACGCCAUGAAAUCCAAUGAUAGUUUUCUUUGCAAGUUUCGACUCAAUGACGCUGGAAACAUUACCGUGAAAGAUAGUUUUGGAAACUAUACUGAAAAUACUAUCUACGGUUACUAUAACGUAUUCAUUUAUCUUAAACUAAAAGAAACCGAUUUCGAAAAAGGAACGUAUAAUUAUGGAUACUUGAAUUUAAGUUUGGGAAGUACUUCAUAUGCCAAAAUACCAGAAGCUUUUCCUCUGAUCCUGGGCGUUUCCGGAACCUUAACAACGCUAAGUAACUACGAGAAGAAGAUCGUCAAUAACUACUACAACAUCCAAGAAAUGUCAGUGAUGUCAUCCUUCUUUGGUGCAUCGAAUCUGAAAUUCAACCAGGCGACAGAUUUUAAUUGUUUGAACUCAGUCACCUCAUGGAUGCACGCCAUUUUCGCUCGGAUAAACACGAUCAUCAACGCUGGAAGAUCUGUUCUGGUUAUAUUCGACACGGAUACCUCGAUCAACGCUUUCAAACUCCAAUUUGUAGCUCAGCUGGACCGACUGAACGUGCUGACCGUUAAUACGAGACCAUCAGACAAAGAACGCUUUAUAAGCGAUGCAGGCGUAAGCAAAACGAUCACUUUAGCAACACGCGGGAUGGGUCGAGGAGUAGAUUACAAGUCCAGUGUUGCCGUCGAGAUGAACGGCGGAGUCCACGUAAUUCAGAGCUUUUUCUCGGAGGAUAUUAAGGAGGAGACUCAAAUCAAGGGUCGAACUGCUAGGAAGGACAACCGAGGAAGCUACGAGCUUAUAGUUUGCAUCGAAGACUUGAAAAAUCAAAAUCUUGUAAAAAGUUUCGAAAGCUCUUCGACGGUGACGUACCAACGCUUGCAUGAAAGCAGAAAACGAGAAAUGACGAAGAAAGAUGCGACACGAGAUGAGCAGCUUAGUAAAGCGAAUAGGUUGCACGAUACAACAGUUAGUUUUUAUAAAUAUAAAUAAGCUUUUGAGUAUAAACUGAUAGUGUACGAAUAAACAAAAAUAUUAAAAACAUUAAUGGACUUAAAAUUUAAUCACGACGGUUGAUGACAUGUGACCU